UCCAUCCGCCGCCUUUUCCCGCCUCCCCGCACCGGGUUCUGCGCUCUGACCCCACCCGUUGGGCGCGGGUCCGAGCCGGGCUCGGCGCGACCCACCGCUGGGAGGAUGGGGCAGCCGAGGAGGCAGGAGAACGGCAGCGGCCUGACGGCGCAAUGACCGGCGAGAAGAAGAAAAAGAAGCGGCUCAACCGCAGCGUCCUGCUGGCCAAGAAGAUCGUCAUACGGGACGGGGCCGGCCGACAGGGGAUUGGAGAGCCCAGCGUGUACCACGCAGUGGUGGUGAUUUUCCUGGAGUUCUUUGCCUGGGGUUUACUAACCACUCCAAUGCUGACGGUGUUACACCAGACUUUUCCUCAGCAUACAUUCUUGAUGAAUGGUCUGAUUCACGGAGUCAAGGGUCUGCUUUCUUUUCUAAGUGCCCCGUUGAUUGGUGCUCUCUCUGAUGUCUGGGGCAGGAAAUCCUUCCUCCUCCUCACUGUCUUCUUCACAUGUGCACCAAUUCCCCUUAUGAAGAUCAGUCCGUGGUGGUAUUUUGCUGUCAUUUCCAUGUCUGGAGUCUUUGCUGUCACCUUUUCUGUGAUUUUUGCCUACGUUGCUGAUAUCACACAGGAGCAUGAACGCAGCACAGCAUAUGGCCUGGUGUCAGCCACGUUUGCUGCUAGUCUGGUCACAAGCCCAGCAAUUGGUGCAUACCUUUCCCAAGCCUAUGGUGAUACACUGGUAGUCGUGCUAGCUUCAGGUGUUGCUUUGCUGGAUAUUGGUUUCAUCCUGCUGGCUGUGCCAGAAUCUCUGCCAGAAGAGAUGCGUCCUGUCUCCUGGGGAGCUCCAAUCUCUUGGGAACAAGCAGAUCCAUUUGCUUCUUUGAGGAAAGUGGGUCAGGAUUCUACAGUGCUGCUCAUCUGUAUCACUGUCUUUCUCUCCUAUCUUCCUGAAGCUGGCCAGUACUCCAGUUUCUUCCUGUACCUGCGACAGGUCAUUGGUUUUUCCUCAGAGACUGUGGCAGCGUUUAUUGGUGUUGUUGGAAUUCUCUCUAUACUGGCUCAGACAGUAGUCUUGGGAAUUCUCAUGCGUUCAAUAGGAAAUAAAAACACCAUCCUGCUGGGACUAGGCUUCCAGAUCCUGCAGCUUGCCUGGUAUGGCUUCGGAUCACAGCCUUGGAUGAUGUGGGCAGCAGGGGCUGUGGCUGCCAUGUCUAGCAUCACCUUCCCAGCCAUCAGUGCCAUGGUGUCUAGGAAUGCAGACCCUGACCAGCAGGGUGUAGUGCAGGGGAUGAUCACUGGAAUUCGGGGUCUGUGUAAUGGCCUGGGGCCAGCUCUCUAUGGCUUUGUCUUCUAUCUCUUCCACGUGGAAUUGAACGAAAUGGCCGAGGUGGAAACUUUGGGUAAGGCCUCCAAACCCAACAUGGCCAACCCAACGGACGAGAGCAGCAUUAUCCCAGGGCCUCCUUUCCUGUUUGGAGCUUGCUCUGUCUUGCUGUCGCUCCUGGUGGCUUUGUUCAUUCCAGAACACAACCUCACUCUGAGAUCAGGCAGCCACAAAAAGCACAGUAAUGGAGCCCAGACCCACACCCACAGCCCACAGGCUGGAGCUUCGGAUGGCAAGGAGCCCCUGCUUGAGGACAGCAGUGUAUGAGGUUGGGAGAGAAGGACCUGGCUUGUGUCUCAACUCCAGAUCAAAGAUGGACUUAGUUGGGGUUUGGGGAGAGAGGGUGGGAGGCAAAGAAGGAGCGAGAUGAAAGACUGUACCACGAGCAGCUCACGAGAAGGGAAGUGGUUUCCCUUCAAGCCAAAUAUACUCAGCUGGUGCAAAAAUGGCAUUGUAUGGUCUGGUGCUGAUGGAAAGGGGAGAUACAGAACUGCUGUGCAUGAAGGGAUCUUUCUUUAAAGCAAACCUGCCCUUGUUGUGAACACUGAACUUCAUGGUGUGACCUGCCAAAUACUCAACUCGUCAGUGAAAAAUUGAGGAGCUAGCAUUGUCUGUGUUCUAAUGUGAACUAACUCGUGUGCCAGCCAGAAUAAAACAAGGCAUCUGUUACAUCCCCCCAUCCCCUUACAUAAUUGGUCCUCGAUGCUGAUCCCGUUUGCAGCUGAGUUGGCUGACCUCAGCCUGGGGGAGGCAGAGAGGCUGCACUGUGCAGCCCAUACUGUAAUACCACAGCAGGUGAAAAGUGUGCGUGGAUGAAGAACAGGUAGCAUAGUCACCAUCUUGAGGAUCAGGUGAAUUUGUCCAUUUUGGCCCGGGUGAUGCUUACUUAGAUGAGAAAUGGAUGCUGUCCUGAGCUCACAAGAGAGAAUGGGCAGAUGGAAAGCAAUUAUACGAAUUACAGAUGCUUAGGUGGUCAACGCUGGUGUUUUUCAUGGAGGUUUCUGUUGCUUUUGUGUUGGCUUUUUUUGUUGUUGCUACGCUGAUGUGACACUUCUGUCUGUCACUACCUCCAUAGGAAGUAGGUAGAAGGAUUUUGGGGGGGAGGGAGGGGGGGAUUUUCUUCUGGAAGUGGAAAGGUUGGUUAGGAAACAGCUUCUUAAGAGGCAGGAGAAAGAAGUGAACUCUGCUAAGCACUUUGUUAAAGCUUGGCUUCCUGAGAGUGAGGUGAGAGAAAUAGCUGUCGAGCACUUCUAUGAAGCAUGUUGAUUUUUCCACAGACUCUUCCCAACUUGAUAUGAAAACCAGAUAACGAGUGUGAUUUGUUUUUUCUCAGCCCAAAGGAGCCUGGUGAGGGCUGCAAUUGCUUUGAAUCUGCAAGUCUGUAUUCCACGCAGCAUUUCUGAAGGCUGUUGUUUUGCUGAAGGAUGAAACUGCAGCCUCUUCUGCGGGGUUCAGCUGUGCUUAGGAGAAGAAACAGAAACUCUGAGUGCUGUGAAAGAAGCUGAGGUAGAUAUGGGGAAGGCUUGGUUGUUUUUAGAUACAUAGAGAUAGUGAAGUGGGCAGGAAACAAUUGUAUGAGUGAGAGAAGAAAUAAAGGCACUGGGGAAGCAAAGACCAAACUGGGGGCACUUAAGGAACUUGUUGCUAAGGGGAUUGUGGAUACAGUGGCCAAAAAGCCAGUCCCAUCUCAGCAUGGGGUAUGCAUACAGCUUCUUGGGGAUCACUUCUCUGUGGGUUCAAGAGAGUAAUUUAAGGGAGAAAGACCAAAAGGGAUCACUGUCACUUCAUGUCUUGGUUCUUUGCAGAUGGGUAACUGUGUUUGGUGCUGUUCCUGUGCAGCAAUGACCAAAAUGAAUGAAGAGCAUCCUGUUGGCUUAUCAACUUUUCUGGACCAGUUAGUUAGUGGAGGUGGGCAUUUAAGUGAAGUAAUUCAUCUUUUGUUUACCAAGAACUUUGGCUGGUACUUAGAUCCUGUCAUAAGAACUGUAAGAGCAGCUGAUUGCCCAUGCAGAGAGCAGCUGCCUCAGACACUGAGGGUUGGCUUAUGCAGCUCUAACUGUGGGACUGGAGAAGGUAUCAGCAACAUGUGGAGGCUCCAGUUUUCUUUCUGCCCCAUGUUUCCAGACCUUUUUGGGAUGGGUUGCACUGUGGAUGCACAGCACACACCUUUCCUGAAGUGAAUCCCCUCACUUAAACUUCUAGGCAGCAAUUCCAACUCUGUGUUGCUUACAGAAAUAGCUUUUAUUCGACUGGAGCUUCACCAGGUAGAUCUGGUGCUUCAUUUGUUUGCACUGUACGAAAAUGAACUCAAGUAGUUCCGUCCCUCACAUGCAAAUGAAUUGAAAUUAAACGCUGAAUAGUUACCUCAUUCACACUCAAAAGCUUCACAGGUUAAAACAGAACGUUACAAAACCAAGACGAGCCUAAUUUAUAUUAUAUAAAAUAUACAGAUAGAUAUAUUUUUCAAAGUCCUUUCCUAUAUAUGAUAAUUUAUUCCACCGAGGUCUCUUCCCAACCUGCCAGGGUCUGCAAUGCAGGCAGAGGUGGCACAGUGGGGAUGGGUGUGAGAUGCUCCCAAUCCCACAGUGCUGAGGGUGCAGAUGUUGCCUGGAGGGCAGCAAUCCUUGCCUUCCCUGCAGGUGCUGCUUGUUGUUAUGGGCACUGGAAGCAAACAGGGAUUUGUUCUGGAGUUCCCUCAGUUGGGUGGGGGGCUCUUGGCCCUGCUGGAACCCCUCUCUCCCUGGUAGGCGUAGGGAUGUGAUCCACCAUUCUGCCUUUAUGUGAGAGACACUGCCUCGAGCCCAGAUUACUGGACCUGAAUGAAGAAUGUGCCUAAUUCUGAAGGGCUGGUAAUUCUGCAGCGUCGGUGGUGGAGGCUGGAAAACCUAUAGAGAGCAUUGAGUUAGCGUUGCCAAGUUUUGUUAUUUUCUAUGGAAAUGCAACUUUUUUUUUUUGUAAAAAGAGCCUUUUCUGUCAACCCCUUUGAUUUGCUGUGUGAUGCCUGAGCCUGGCCAGUAUCAGCAUCGGCGUUGUGCACUGAGUUACACUCUGGGUUGGUGAACAGCAAUGCCCCAAGCAUACAGCAAAAGAAUGAGCUCAGCUGCCUUUCCUCUGCAGCUCCAACGUGAACAGCAGCAGUUUGAGUGAGUUUAUAAAGCUGCCCUUGUUGCAUUAGAGAAACUGACUGCAUUAAAGCCACCGCCUGCCCUUUUGCCGUUACCUUUGCAAAGGAAUCACUUUGAACUUUGUUUUUCUUCUUCCAUUUGCACUUGAAUUGCUGCGGUCAUCUUUGAAGUGUGGGCACACAGCAAGCCCACGUUCGUUCGUUGGAGAACGGCUCUAAGUUUACUAUGGUGUGCAUUUCUGUAUCUCUUUUUUUAAGUUAACAUUGAAAUGUAUUUAUUUCGGUUCCAGUUGUGUUUAGCACUGGCUAAUCUCUCCUCUGAUGGAUUAUUUAUUAAACUGCUGCAUUCCUGUUGCGUUGAA